AUGAGUGUCGUCGGUGUCGAUUUCGGUACGCUCAAGACAGUGAUUGCUGUCGCGAGAAAUCGUGGUGUCGAUGUGAUCACCAAUGAAGUCUCAAACCGAAGCACACCAUCCUUGGUUGGCUUCGGCACCAAGUCUCGAUACCUCGGUGAGACCGCCAAGACGCAAGAAAUUUCCAACCUUAAGAACACCGUGAACUGCCUCAAGCGUCUUGCUGGCCGCCAAUUCAGCGAUCCCGAUGUCCAGAUUGAGCAGCAGUUCGUCACUGCUCCCCUUGUUGAUGUCAACGGCCAAGUCGGUGCUGAAGUCAACUACCUGGGCAACAAGGAGAAGUUCACCGCCACCCAGCUCGUGGCCAUGUACCUAAGCAAGAUCAAGCAGACCGCUGCCGCCGAGCUCAAGCUACCAGUUUCCGAUAUCUGCAUGAGUGUUCCUCCUUGGUUCACCGAUGUCCAGCGCCGUGCUCUCAACGAUGCCGCCGAGAUCGCCGGCCUCAAGCUCCUCCGUCUUAUCAAUGACAACACAGCUGCCGCUCUUGGCUGGGGAAUCACCAAGCUGGAUCUCCCAGCUCCUGAGGAGCAGCCCCGCCGAGUUGCCUUUGUCGAUAUCGGUCACUCCAACUACACCGUCUCCAUCGUCGAGUUCAAGAAGGGUGAGCUAGCUGUCAAGGCUACUGCUUGGGACCGCAACUUUGGUGGCCGUGAUUUCGACAAGGCUCUGGUCGACCACCUCGCCAAGGAGUUCAAGGGCAAGUACAAAGUCGACAUCUACACCCACGGCCGCGCCAUGGCCCGUACCAUCGCCGCCGCUGAGAAGACCAAGAAGAUUCUCUCUGCCAACCAGCAGGCCCCCGUCAACAUCGAGUCUCUGAUGAACGAUGUUGAUGCUUCUGCCGUCAUUACCCGCCAGGAGUUCGAGACUCUCAUUGAGCCUCUCCUCGUCCGCACAGCCGCUCCUCUCGAGCAGGCUCUGGCCCAGGCCAAGCUCACCAAGGAAGACAUCGAUGUCGUUGAGAUCAUUGGUGGUGGAUCUCGUGUCCCCGCCCUCAAGGAGCGCAUCCAGUCUUUCUUCGGCAAGCCCCUCUCAUACACCAUGAACGCUGACGAGGCUGUCGCCCGUGGUUCCGCCUUCAGCUGUGCCAUCCUUUCUCCCGUUUUCCGUGUCCGUGACUUCGCCGUCCAGGACAUUGUCAGCUACCCCAUCGAGUUCGCAUGGGAGAAGGCCCCUGAUAUCCCUGAUGAGGACACUAGCCUCACCGUUUUCAAUAAGGGCAAUGUCCUUCCUUCUACUAAGAUCCUGACCUUCUACAGGAAACAGCCCUUCGAUCUGGAGGCCAGAUACGCCAAGCCAGAAGAGCUCCCUGGCAAGACCAACCCCUGGAUUGGUCGCUUCUCCGUCAAGGGAGUCAAGGCGGACGGUGGUGACGACUUUAUGAUUUGCAAGCUCAAGGCCCGUGUCAACAUUCACGGUAUCUUGAACGUUGAGAACGGUUACUACGUUGAGGAUCAGGAAGUCGAGGAGGAGGUCAAGGAGGAGGACGGAGAGAAGAAGGACCCUGAUGCUAUGGAGACCGACAAAGAAGAGAAGAAGACGCGCAAGGUUAAGAAGCAGGUCCGCAAGGGUGAUCUUCCUAUCGUCAGUGGCACAGCCUCUUUGGAGGAGAGCGUCAAGGCUUCCUUGACAGAGAAGGAAUCCUCCAUGGUCAUGGAGGACAAGCUUGUUGCAGACACUGAGGAGAAGAAGAACGAGCUUGAGGCUUACAUCUACGACCUCCGAGCUAAGCUCGAUGACCAAUACGAUGAGUUCGCCAGCGAGGAGGAGAAGGCCACCAUCAAGGCCAAGCUAGAAGCUUCCGAGGACUGGUUGUACGACGAGGGCGAGGAUGCCUCUAAGGGAGUCUACAUCGCCAAGAUGGACGAGAUCCGCGCCAUGGCCGGCCCCAUCGUCCAGCGCCACUUCGAGAAGGUUGAGGCCGACCGAAUCGCCGUCCAGGAGCGUCUGGAUGCCGAGAAGGCCGCCAAGAAGGCCGAGGAGGAUGCCCGCAAAGCCGCCGAGGGUGACAAGGCGGACGCAGAGAUGAAGGACGCCGACGCGACGCCAGAAACGGAGGGCGACCCAAAAUAG